GCCCUUUGACCCUGAAGAGCGGAAGUGACGCCAGGAGGCCGCCGGAGGUGUCGCAAAGUGCCGUGCGACCGGCUCUGUGUUGAGUAGGGUCUGGACCGGGAUCGGUACCGCUAUGUCGAUCGAAAUCGAGUCUUCAGAUGUGAUUCGUCUUAUCAUGCAAUACUUGAAGGAGAACAGUUUACAUCGGGCGUUGGCCACCUUACAGGAAGAAACUACUGUCUCUCUAAAUACUGUGGAUAGCAUUGAAAGUUUCGUGGCUGACAUUAAUAGUGGCCAUUGGGACACUGUUUUACAGGCUAUACAGUCUCUGAAAUUGCCAGACAAAACCCUUAUUGAUCUCUAUGAACAGGUUGUUCUGGAAUUGAUAGAGCUUCGAGAAUUAGGUGCUGCCAGGUCACUUCUGAGACAGACAGACCCCAUGAUUAUGUUAAAGCAAACACAACCAGAGCGAUAUAUUCAUCUGGAAAACCUCUUAGCCAGGUCUUACUUUGAUCCUCGUGAGGCUUAUCCAGAUGGAAGUAGCAAAGAGAAAAGGAGAGCAGCAAUUGCCCAGGCGUUAGCUGGGGAAGUCAGUGUGGUGCCGCCUUCUCGUCUCAUGGCAUUGCUGGGACAGGCUUUGAAGUGGCAGCAGCACCAGGGAUUACUUCCUCCCGGUAUGACCAUAGAUCUGUUUCGAGGCAAAGCAGCUGUCAAAGAUGUGGAAGAAGAAAAGUUUCCAACACAACUGAGCAGGCAUAUUAAGUUUGGUCAGAAAUCCCAUGUGGAGUGUGCUCGGUUCUCUCCAGAUGGUCAGUAUCUGGUCACUGGCUCUGUUGAUGGAUUUAUUGAAGUGUGGAACUUCACUACUGGAAAAAUCAGGAAGGAUCUUAAGUACCAGGCCCAGGAUAACUUCAUGAUGAUGGAUGAUGCUGUCCUCUGCAUGUGUUUCAGCAGAGAUACUGAAAUGUUAGCAACUGGGGCCCAAGAUGGGAAGAUCAAGGUGUGGAAGAUUCAAAGUGGACAGUGCUUGAGAAGAUUUGAAAGGGCACAUAGUAAAGGGGUCACCUGCUUAAGCUUUUCUAAGGACAGCAGUCAGAUCCUUAGUGCAUCUUUUGACCAGACAAUAAGAAUUCAUGGUUUGAAAUCUGGAAAAACACUGAAGGAAUUUCGGGGCCAUUCCUCCUUUGUUAACGAGGCAACGUUCACACAAGAUGGGCAUUACAUCAUCAGUGCAUCUUCUGAUGGCACUGUGAAGAUCUGGAAUAUGAAGACCACAGAAUGUUCCAAUACCUUUAAGUCCCUAGGCAGUACUGCAGGGACAGAUAUUACCGUCAAUAGUGUGAUUCUGCUUCCUAAAAACCCAGAGCACUUUGUUGUAUGCAACCGGUCCAACACAGUGGUCAUCAUGAACAUGCAAGGGCAGAUUGUCAGAAGUUUCAGUUCUGGUAAAAGAGAGGGUGGUGACUUUGUUUGCUGUGCCCUGUCACCCCGUGGUGAGUGGAUCUACUGUGUUGGGGAAGACUUUGUGCUCUACUGCUUCAGCACAGUCACUGGCAAGCUGGAGAGAACUCUGACGGUUCACGAGAAGGAUGUGAUCGGAAUUGCCCACCACCCGCACCAGAACUUGAUUGCCACCUACAGUGAAGAUGGACUCCUGAAGCUCUGGAAACCCUAAGGCAGCCUUGCACUGCAGCCUUGUGGUAUUCUUCUCUCUCAUUCAGACAGUUUUCUUUGCAGCCAGGGAGCAAGCACUUACGUGGAGGCAUGUUUACCAUCACAGCACUUUGGAGACCUGCGGAGGAUCUACUUGUGAGCUAGCCAUCCAAGCAGGCCUUGCCUUGAGCAACCCUGCCUGCCCUGACCUCUGUGACCGUGACCUCCCUCUCUCUUUGUACAUACUUUGACACAGGUUUCCCAUAUACAUGCACAUACACACCCAGACACACAUAGAGGACUCUGGAGCCAGAGUGGAACAGCCUUGGCUGCUUGUUCCUUCUGAACUUGGGAACCAUUCCUCUUUUGGCUCUGUUUCCUGGGUGGGCUGGAGAGUAGCAGCUCCUGAGAUCUAUCUCCUGGACUACAAAUACCAGACUGAAGCACAUGUAAUAUAGACUAUGUAUAUUUACAGUGUUGGGUAUAAGUGGGACACUUUGCCCUCUACCACCUCCAAAAAAAAAAAAAAAGAUUUUAAUAAAUUUAUACCAUUCUGUAGACUUUACCAUAAAUGUUCAUAUGUGGGAGAGGGAAUCCUUAUUCUUGAACCUCCAGUCUGGUAGUCAGUUCCUCGAACAGUAUAAGGUAGGCUAACAUGAAAAAGCCCUGGUGACACAUGACCUUAUUUGGUUGUCAGCCUUUCAUUCUGAGUUCUACCUUUUAUGUUCAGGCCCACUUCAGGGAAUUUAGUCUUUUAUUUCAGUUGGAACUAGUUACAGGGUUGUUUAUGGGAUUUGAAGUUUGGGCACCUCUCUCUUCUAUAUAGAGGAUGAUAUAGCACUUGCAAAUGGACUUUUGUGAAGAAAAAUUAGAAAGGAACCCACGAUUUAGCUCUUAUAAUGUAUAAACUUCUCAGUUAGCUACAGAAAAACUUUUCACAGUAAACAAAACUUACAAAUGUGUUCCAUGUUGAUGUCCUUCACAUUUAAACCAAAGACAGAACAUUUAUAAUGUAUAAAGAUAACUGCUAAAUUGUAUCAAGAAAGUGAGGCCUUCUUCUCCUAGGCUUUUUAUUGAGAAAGUUGUUACCAAGUUUCACAUUUGAUGCUGGGGCUCUAGUUCAUUGUCUAGAAUGCAUGUCUUGGUUUGAUUCCCCAGUACCACAUACAUGUGCACGCCUGUAAUCCCAGCAGUUGGGAGGUGGAGGCAGGAAGAUCAGAAGUUCAAGUUAGUUCUAAAGUAAGCUCAAGACAAGCCUGGUCCUACAGAUUGAGUUCCAGGACAGCCAGGCUGUUAAACAGAGACCCUGUCUUGAAAGAGAAAGAAAGAAAAAAAUUUAAGGUCAACCUAGGUUAAUAGGAGACCUUGUACUUGUCUGACUCAAAGAGGGGGGAAAAACCCCAGAGUAAAUAGGAAUUUGGCAAGUACCCAGUACCCACAAACCAGAAUCACAACCAGUUUUAGGACCAGCUGGGGCUGCACUAUAAGAUCCUGUCUCAAAACAGGAACUGCAGUAUGGUAUUAUCAGUAAGCUAAAUAUGGGAGAAACUGGUAAUUUUAGUUGCUGGGAGUAUAGAUAUAAAGUUUUAACAGACCACCUUUGUUCAUCCUUCAGCUACAUUUGGAAGGAACGUUUAAGACUGACCUUUGUUUUUGAGACAGGGUUUCUCUGUGUAGCCCUGGCUGUCGUAGAACUCACUUUGUAGACCAGGCUGGAACUUAGAGAUCUGCCUGUCUCUGCCUCCCAAUUUCUGGGACUAAAGGCAUGUGCCAGCAUGCCCACUGCCCUUUCUUAAGCUCCACGUAGCCAGUUUUCUCCAAGGCUGAAGGUAGGGACCCUCCCCUAAUAGCCCUGUGCUGAGGCAGCGUUGAGGCUAAUGCCUAGCCCUGGCACUCAUUUCCCAUUGAGGUGGCCAAGUUGUGGGAAUCUCCUUAGAUGUGGGACUUGCUGUAAGGCUGUUGGCACUAUUGCUUUUUAACUUGGCUGCCCACCUAACCAAAGAUUAAGGGCCCUGUAGUAGGGGCUAAGAGAAGCUUAGUGCCUGGGACUUCCAUAUGAAGUCUGAUUCCACAGAGGUAGUAGUCUUUAUGUGGCUCACCAGACAAUCCUGGCGGUAAAAAAUGUGUCCUGUCCCAACUCAUGAUGAAUCAUGUUUCAGGGCAAUGUUUUCUAGAAAUGCCACCAGUGUAAAUAAUUCUCAGGUGUAGUAUUCUUCCUUCACUGCUAGUUUUUCAGUCUUGCAGUUUUCUUCUAGGUUCAAGCUGACUCAGAAUUUAUGUAUUUUCUGUUAAACAUUGACUUCAUGUGACUGACCACAAAGCAGCUAGAUUCCAGUCUGCUUUCAUGAUUUACCAGUCCAGUAGCUUGUUUGAAAGACAUUUUUAGGUUCCACCCCAGACCUACACAAACUACUACACUGAGACCAAUUAGCAAGCAUGUUCAUAUACAGCAUUUUAUGUCAUCUUUUAGGUAGGUGAUUUCAUUUUUACGCUUCCCAAAGGUCCCAUCUUAAAUGCUAAAGGUACAGUAACAGCAUUUCUGUUAUAUACAGCAUGUUAGCAUCCUAUAUUUAAAAAGCUUAAACUACAGUAUGUUCAAGGUAACAUUGCUUCCUGGUUUGAGUUUAAAACGCUCAACAGCCAGCCAAAUGUUGUGGUGCAUGUCUUUGAUUCCAGCAUUUGGGAAGCAGAUCUGAGCUCAAAGUCAGCCUGGUUUACAUAAUGCGUUUUAGAACAGUCUAAUGAGUCUCCAUCUUGAAGAAAAAGAAAACAAACAAACAAACAAACAAAAAAAAAAACAGACAAAAACUCAACAGCAAAGCCUGACAUUAUUUUAACCAGGUUUAUGCUUUUACCAGCUCAGUCACCUACCUGCCAAAUCUGUUCUGUUGAGUGCUGAAGAUGUAACUAAGCUGCCAUACCAACUGAACUAUAAUCUCCAACCAUGGUGGAUGUCUAAGAUUGGAACACCAUCAGCAGUGAUCAUAUGACUUGACAGCACAGACUGGGUUUGAACCCAAUACAAAUCUCAUGCAUUAUCCUGCCCUCAGCCACCUAAAUGCUGAGACUACAGGCUUGUACCACCAUGAUGAUGGCUGGCUGUCCCAGGUGACUUAUGGUUCUCCCCCCACAUUGGUAGUCUUCAACCUCAGCUACACAAUCACCUUCAUGUUCAGGCUACUGAACACAGACUAGCUGAAGGCAAAUCCCCAACAGAAUGAGACCUGAUCAGUGUUCCUAGGCUGAGCUAGAGAGAUGGCUUAGUGGUUAAGAGCAGUAGCUGCUCUUCCUGAGUAUCCAGGUUCAAUUCACAGUACCCACAUGGCAGCUCACAACUAACUAUAGUUCCAAGGAAUUUGACACCUUCAUGUGAAAGCACAUAAAGAAACAUCUCCACUCACAGCCAAAAUUGCAAACCAUUGACAGUGAAGGCCUGGAACCCUUUUCUCUGGCAAGUUUUAAUUUUUUUGUCUGCAUGAAUGCCUAUACAUGUCUGUGCCUAAUGCCUAGAGUGAGUUUCUGAUGCCCUGGAGAGGAGUUUGAGGACAUGUGAACUGCUCUGUUGGUGCUUGGAACUGAACCUGCAGUCUCAAAAACACAGUGCUAAUUAACCAUAGAGCUGUCUCUUGAGCUCUGAUCUUUUUCCAAACCAGUGUUUCUUUGUAGCUCUGGUUGUCCACUCUUUGUAGGCCAGGCUGGCCUCAAAUUUAGAGAUCCUCCUGCUCUGCCUCCUGAGUGCUGGCAUCAAAGGUAUGUGCCCCCAUGCCCGGCCUCUUGGUGUUUAACUCAAAUGUUCUCAUGAAGGAAGCUUCAGUCUUUCAGGCUGGAAAUGUUUUUAAAUUGUGAUUACAUACGAUAUGGCAGAGCCAGGUACAGACUGUGCUGAUUGGCAAAAAGCUCACAUAUUCUCACCAUGAAGGUUGAAGUUCCCUUUUCUGACCUGGGCUCACAUUUAUCUUUUAUUUCCUACCCAUAUAUUCUACUACUUGAACAUUUUGGGAACAAAGUAACAAGUUUCAUCAUCUUCAUAAUGCUCUGAUGAAUUGAGAAAGAAAGGCCUGCAGUGACACAUUGUAAACACUUGCAAUCAGUAUAUUAGGAGACAGUCAUACAUUUCAAUAACUGCUUAAAUUCUGAUAUUCAGACUUAAGCGUGUGAACAUGUGACUUUAAAACAUAAAACAAAGCUAUCAGUUUGCUGUACUACCAACAUUAAAUUGUAGUUACAUUGGAACCUAAGCAAGCCUGUAGCAGACCUAAGGAACACCUUUCCUGGAUUAUACAUUAUUACACAUUCUCCACAUACAAGUCUUGUCACUUUAAUCUGUAGAUUACUUGGGCUUUGGAAGUCACUACCAAGGUUUGAGAAGGGGAAAAAAAUGACCAUGUUUUCUGUGUGUUUAGUUUUAAAGAUGGCACAGCAGAAGGGAACGCAAUCUAAAAGAGCAAGCCCUUAUGUUAAACUUCUUUAGGAAUGUAUCAUUUCCAUCACAAAUAACAGAGAAAUUAUAUAUUAAACCACCUUCUAGGAUUGGCUGUUGCAAUACAAUGCAGAGGCAUCACAAUUAGUUCACUUCAUACAACUAGACAGACCAACAUGUCACUAUAAUCAUUUUCUUUUUCUGAUUACCAGUUAAAUACAGAAUUUUAAUUUCAUAGCUUAACGUACAACACAUAACUAGCAUGUCAGUCUAAUGUACACAGCUAUUAUCAGUUACACAAGAUAUAGCCUAACAUAUGCUAGGGAACUUUUAAAGCAAUUUUUACAAUAUUAAACUUUCAUCUUGCACAUUGAAGUCAUUAUACAUACAGGGCAAAGUCAGAGCUUUUAUAUUUGUGUUUAUUCUUCAUUUAACUUUUAAAACACUACUAUAGUUGAAUAUUAAAACAAAAACAAUAGCCAAGUAGUGAGCGUAUUACAAUUACAGUCCUUCCCACAUUCACUACUGCAUAUAGAAUGUCAGAGAGUGACUGGCACACUAAGAGGUCUGACACUGAACGCCACCUCUGGGGUGAUGUUCAUCAUCCUCAUAUGCUUCUCCAUUAUAAUGACGCCGUCUUUCCUGAUUUGGAUCAAAGUUUUCAGGGAAGUUUGCCUGAAAAAAAAAUUGCAGUUAAAAAAAAGAAAUUGCAGUUAAAUUUGAUUCGAACAUCGGAUCUCUUAAAUACAUUAGAAUUAUUUUCCCCAAAAAACAUUUCUUUAGAUGUACCCUUGCAACUCUGACUUAGAACCAUCUUGAAUGCAGCCAAAGAUGACAUUUUGUUUGUUUGUUGAGACAGGGUUUCUCUGUAUAGCCCUAGCUGUUCUGGAACUUGCUCAGUGACCAGACUGGCCUCAAACUCACAGAGAUCCACCAGCCUCUGCCUCCUGAGUGCCUAGAUUAAAUCGGUGUCACUGUGCCCAACCAGAUAACUGUUUACCUUUCCAACUUGUAACUCUCAAGUGCUAGAUUACAGGCACUUACAGCUAGGCCAGGUGCUAACAGAAGUUAACUGUCACAGUACCACUUGUAACCAUACUUUAAGAAUAAUCACAAGUAGGAAUUUCUAAUCCUAACCCUGACCAAGGGGAAAAAAGUCAUCUGGUCUUCCAACUCCUGGAUCAAGGGAGUAAAUACAGUUGCUUGGUCUGUAUUAGAUUUUUAAUAAGCUCAAAUGUCCCUGAGUUUUAGAGCUUAACUUAAACUCAAUGAUGGGACGUCCUUUUUCAUAUGGCCAAUGAUAUUUUGGCAUACCUUCAUUUAGCACACAUUUUAUAUCUCUGUGCUUGACAAUCUGACCUAAAGACAUUGAAGCUAAAUUCUUCCUUAGGUAUGGUCAAAGAAAAAACAAAAAAUCUCUGAGCUUUGGUCCAAAAACCCUGUUGCCCUCAUUUAUGGCUAUUCCAAUAUAACCAACAUUCAUCCAAAUCUCAGCUCUAGAAAGGACAUAUAGCCAAGGAAUUUAUCAGUAUCUACUAUUAAUUACUUCUUAGUUUUCAGGAGACAAGGAGAAUGCCAAGUAGGGAAACAGGCUCAUCUAGUUACCAUACCUGGAUGAGAGGUGAUGACUAUGGUUCGGUUGUCAAGAGUGGAUAUUGGCUUUUGGAAGCCACACAAUGCUUCAACCAGCUGUAUAUCCAUACACAUGAAAAGGUCUUCUCCUCGUCUACAGCAGUACAAGGCACAGUUACAUCUUUCCAAUCACAGAAUGACUACACACACAACAGUGGGCACUUUUCUUUCACCAUUCUGAAAACCAAGCAACUGCUGAGAUUAGCAAAUUAUUUUGGAUCCCUCUAGCUGUUCGUUGAACAAGGCUUCAAAAUCUUACCACACAGCCAGCACAGUGGUGUAGGCCUAUACUGUCAGGACUUGGGAGGUAAAAGUAAAGGCAGAGAAGAUCAAGGCCUGCCAUGGUCUUAAAAGAACAGUGUUCUUUCAUACAUUCUAAGCAAUGUAAUCUUCCCAUGUUGUUGCCUGAUUUUAAAUCUGGCUUCUUAAGAAGGGAGAAAAGCAAAAACAAAAAUACAGUCUAGACUAAAGAAAGCCAAACACACAUUUGGAACAUAAGAAUCAGUAUAAAUCAAAACAGACUUGGGCUGGAUUUUCAAUUACUUAGGCCAAUUAUGACGGUUUUCAAGGGACACUGGAGAUUUCUUUGAUACAUGUAUUUAGCAUUGUGCCUAGUGUAGCAUUUUUGUUUGUUUUUCCAGAUAAGGUUUCUGUGUAAUGGCCUUGGCUGUCCUGGAACUUGCUUUGUAGAUCAGGCUGGCCUCAAACUCAAGAGACCCACCUGCCUCUGUCUCCCAAGAGGUGGGUUUAAAGGUGUGUGCCACCACUGCCCAGCUCUCCUGAUAGCAUUUUUUUAAUAGUUAACAUUCCCUCAAGUUUAUACUUCUUUUCUAACACAAACACCUGGGAAGUAUCCUUUCCUAAACAAAUUUCCUUCCACACGCUGACCCCCAACAUACAUUUAAAGUUCAAUUUGGAAAUAGAUCUUAACAGAGUCCCAAAUUUUACUUUCUUAUUAAGAAAGUUUAUGUAUUUACACAUAAAACAACUCAGUAUGAAUCAAGAACGGGGAACUGGUAAAAGGCUAUUGAACUGACUAUUCUGAGACAGAAGGGGAGCAAGAUUCUCUAUGGCUUUCUACGCCUGCCUGCUAUCCAUUUAUGCUCAUAGAAAAUCCAGUCAACAAUUUAUUUGUAAGACAAGCUAAAGUCUUGAUUCCACUUACAGCCAUUUACAACCGAAACAGAGCUAAUACGCUUUUACAGAACACACUGCAGCCUGUUUUAUAUACCCGUGUUCUAAGUGAAGAAAAGCUCACUUAAGCCAGAAUUCAAUCACAUAUGCAAGAAGUCUGUGACUAAGGCUUUACCAGGUAAAAACAGCAUGGUCCUUCUGGUCUAAUACAAUGAUAAUGUCUCCUGGUUGCAGUCCUGGUUCUUGGACUUCUUCACCAUGGAACGUUAUCUUCUGACCAUCUUUCAUGCCUAAACAGAUCAAUUUUGUAUUUUACUGAUACCAGAUCAGAUACUAAGGUCAGGAUAAAAGCUACUAGAACACAGAUAUGGUCUGGGGAUGUAGUUUAGUGGUACAGCACAUGCAGAGAGGCUUGGGUUCAACCCUCAGUGCAAUUCCUGCAAGAUGUCCUUCUGACCUUUACAUACAUAUCUUCCAUCAUGUCCAUGUCUUUGUGGAUGACAAAUACCACAGAAAUGGGGGGGAAUCUUUAAUGGAGUCCAGUUUGGCACUGAAGCAGGCUAUCACACAGUAGAUGACAAAACUCUACAAAGAGUCAGGCUUCUAGUCUCAGAAAUGCUACCUACUUUGCUACAUAUCAACCUCAAUUUUAAGCCUCAACUUUCUCGAGACUUACUCCACUCAAGAAGCUGAGGAUUUAAAGGGCUGGAGAGAUGGCUCAGAGGUUAAGAGUACUGGCUGUUCUCCCGAGCAACCAUAUGGUGGCGCUCAACCAUCUAUAAUGAAAUCUGUUGCCCUCUUCUGGCCUAGCUCAUAUGCAGGCAGAACAUUGUAAAACAAACAAACAAAUAAAUAAAUAAAAACAUAAAUCUUCAAAAAACAAAUCAAAAAAACAAAACAAUGCUGGAACCCACUUGGAAAAUGGCAAAUGCUAUAACCACUAACUGUUAACCAUUUUGAUUGUUAACAAUCUGUAAUUAAUACCAUUAAACUAAGCAGCAGUGUCAACUGACUUUUCUGUUGUAUCAACAGUAUUUCUAGUAAGAACACUAGGCUUAUUUAGAUAUCCACAAUAUCUUGAAGCUUCCUCCACUCUCAGUUCUCAUUUUCCCCAUAUCUAUGUUCAUACUGCUCAAAACUAAAUUAAAAACUCACAACCUUGUGCAAUAGGCAGACCCAGUACAUGUUAAAGCCCUUGGUUUGGUUUGUACUACCCUGGACUCAUUUAAGAAAGGAAGGAAAGAAGGAAGAGAGGAAGGAAGGAAGGAAGGAAGGAAGGAAGAAAGAAAAACAAAGCGAGAAACAAAGAAAGAAGAAAGUUGUUAGCAGGGCAGUGGUGACUGCAGGCCUUUAGCCUUUAAUCCCAGUGCUCUGUCGGGAGUCAGAGGCACAAAUUCUGAGUUCAAAGCCAGCCUGGUAUACAGAUGGAGUUCCAUGACAGCCAGUUUUGAAACUGCACCUCCAACAAAAAGAAUGUUUACUAUUAGAUACUAUCUUAGCCCAUGUGGCCCAUAUAGAAAAUACUGAAUACUUUCCAAUACAGCAAAUAUUUUUUAAAAGUAUGUUUUUGCUGAGAUUCCUACUGGCUUCUAAUUCUGGCUCACAUACUUUUAGUUUAAUGUGUUGUAACCAUGCAUAUCUGUUUAUGGAGGCCAGAUGUCCUUCUGUCUCACUGACCCUGGUAUCCUGUCCACAAGCCCCAGUGUUGCUGUCUGCACCCCCAGAUCUCCAAAGCAGACUGACAUUUUUUUUCCCUUUCCUGCUGAGGAUCUGCACUCAGGUCCUCAUGCAUGUAAAAUUGAUGUUAUCCACUGAGACCACGGCCCAAUUUUAGAGAAUAGGCCUCCGAGCUCAGCACCAGGGAGGCAGAAGCAGUCUGGGCUACAUACUAAAACCCUGUUGAAAAUGUUAAAAACUUAAAAAGCAAACAGCCUUCCCCGUCUUGGUGUUUUGAGACAGGGCUUCUCUGUGUAGCCCUGGCUGUCAUGGAAUUCCCUCUGUUGAUGAGGCUGGUCUCAAACUCAGAGAACCACCUGCCUUUGCCUCCCAAGUGCUGAGAUUAAAGGUGUGCACCAUCUCCACCUGACUCAAAACCCCAUUUUUAUUGUACUCUUAACUUGAAUGUUAAACUAUAUUAACUAUACUAUCUUGAUCUUAAGUCCACUAUCCAUCUGUAACCUCAACAUUUAGGAGGUUGAGGCAGGAGGACCAGGAGUUCAUGGCCACGCUUAUUUGCAGAGUCCCACCCUCCUCAAAAAAAUAAGUUAUCUGGUCGAAAAGGACAGGGCUUGAGGCCAGCCUUGGCAACACAGAAAAAUCCCCAUUUCAGUAAGAGAAAACAAAAAUUUAGUAAGCUGAAGAACAAACUUAAGAAAGGACCGACAUUCAUACAUUCUUUAAAAAUGUGUUAUAUUAAGUAUUUUUAUACAGAUCUGUAAUCCCUGAUAGCAGUCUAAGUUCUCAUGAACUUAUUCUUCAGGUAGCCUACAUCCUUUUAUUAUACUAGUCUUCAAUUCCUAAGAAUGUGCAUAGUGUAACGUCUUUAAAAGACAGAAUAAUUAUACUUCAGAGAUAACAGAUUUUGGUUAAAAUGUUUUUUAGUUAUUGCCAACUAGUCAAAACACAAUUCUUACAUAAAAUGGUUAAGUGUCCUGCUUUUCCAAGCCUUAGUUGAGUACUGAGCCCAAGUGCUUGUCUCUGCUCUCAGCUCUCUGGACCAUUUUGCCUGAUGCUCUAGAGUUUCUCUCCAGUGCCUCCCCUGACCCUUGGGUUCUGAAAAGAUGAUGACAUUCAAGGGUUGUAUUCAUUUUUUGAUCUCAAUUUGUAAGACUUUUUCGUGACUUACGAAAGGGUUGAUUUUCUAGCUCUCUGUUCUGGAAUUGUGCACAUUUUUGCAGUAAGACUGAAGGAACUCGUGUUGGUUCCAGUACUCAGAGGGACAUUUUAAAUUUUUUUAAUUUAAAUAAUUUUUUUAUUUUAUGUGCAUUUGUGUUCUGCCUCCAUGUAUGACUGUGUUAGUUUGUCAGAUCCUGAAGUUAGAGACAGUUGUGACUGCUGCCAGGUGAGUGCUGGGAAUUGAACCCUGGUCCCUUGGAAGAGCAGUCAGUGCUUUAAACUGAGCCAUCUUUCCAGCCCCAAGAGACAUUUAAAAAAUUUUGUUCUAUAUUUUAGCUGAUUUGCUUUCUUUGGGAUUUUAUGGUUCUUACUGUUUCUGCUUGUUCCUGUCUUUUGUUUGCACUGCUUUCUCUGUUAACAGAGUUAAUUUCACUAAUUCCUUAGUUUCAUUUUUUUGAAUUACCAAUUAAUCCACUUAGGCUGUAAGUUUCCCUCUGUUUAGAGGCUUAGCUGUUAUCUUAAGUGUGUAAUAUGUGACUUGAUUGGUAGCUUUAAAAGUGGCCAGAAUUGUUUUGAUUUUUCUUUUGGUUAAGAGUUAUUUAAACCUGAAGUGGUAGUGCACACCUGUAAUCCCAGCACUCAGGGAGGCAGAGGCAGGGGGAUCUCUGUGAGUUCCAGGCCAGCCUGGUCUACAAAGCGAGUCCAGAACAGCCAAAACUACACAGAGAAACCCUGUCUUGAAAAAAUAAAAAUAAAAAAAGAGAAAAUUUAAAAAGUUAUUUAAGUGUGCUAUUUUAUUAUUACUCUUCUGAGAGACAGAGACAGAGAAAGUGAGAGAGAGAUGUGUGUGUGGUAGAUGUGUGUGACCAGAGAACAACCCGCAAGAAUUGGUUCUAAGUAAAUUUUUAAAGUUUCAUGAUUAAUUCUGGGGACAUAGAAUACCUGUCAAUAAUUAGUGUCAUGGACUUUUUUUUUUCUUAAAAUCCCCAGACAUAAUUAUUAUUUCCAUCAUAUAGAUGUAGAAACUGAAAAAGAGUUAAAACAUUUUUCUGGAGUCUUGAGCCUGAAAAUUAAAGAAUAAAUUUAUAUAAGCUAUGCUUUAGAACAUUUGCUAAGGAUUUAUGUAGUAUAGUAUUUGAGAAUGCUUACAGAUGAGAGGAGAUUGAUACACUUUUUUUGUUUGUUGUGUGUUUUUUUGGGGGGGGUUGUUUGGGUUUUUUGUUUUUGUUUUGUAUUUUUGAGACAGGGUUUCUCUGUGGAUCCCUGGCUGUUCUGGAACUCACUUUGUAGACAAGUCUGGCUUCAACUGCAGAGAUCAGAUUGCCUCUGCCUCCCAAGUGCUGGGAUUAAAAGGCAUGCACCACCACUGCUAGGCAAUAUACUCUCAUUUUAUAGGGUACAAACUUGCAUAUGUGACCUCUCAGUGACUCUUAUUACAUUACAUAGUAUCUAUAUCUUUACUAAUAUUAAUGAACUAAUUAAAUAAUAUCGAUAAAAUGCCUGGUAACACCCCAGUGUUCUUGAGUUUUAAAAUGUCUUGUCAUGCUGGGUGCAGUGGCCCACGCCUGUAAUCCCAGCACUUUGGGAGGUAGAGGCAGGCAGAUCACUGUGAGUUUGGGGCCAGCCUGGUCUGCAAAGUGAGUCCAUGACAGCCAAGGCUACACAGAGAAACACUGUCUAAAAAAAAAAAAAAAAAAAAGGAAAAGAAAAAAGGUCACAUUUAUUACCCAACAGUGCUGCACUGUGAAUUAGUUAUCCUUUGAAAUCUUAAGCUUUGUGUUUGUGCAAUAUGUUUUAGUAUUAAAAUUGGGUCUCUUGCUUUCUCAUCUGUCUCAUUUCUAUUUUUUACCUUUUUCCUUAGUCUGUCUUAGUCACUGUUUUGUUGCUGUGAAGAGGCAGCAUGACCAAGGCAACUCUUACAGAAGAAAGCAUUUAUAUGGUACUGGUUCACAGUUUCCGAGGUUUAGUCCAUGAUCAUCAUGGCAGGGAGCAUGGCAGCACGAAUGGUGCAGGAGCAGUUGCUACAACCUGUUCUGCAGACUGAGUAAGAUGGCACAGGGCCUGGCUUGGGCUUUUGAAACUCAAAGUCCUUUGUUUUCUUUUCUUUUCUUUUUUUUUUUCUGUGUAGUUUUGGCUGUCCUGGAACUCACUUUGAAGACCAGGGUGGCCACCAGAUCACAAAGAUCCACCUGCUUCUGCCUCCCAAGUGCUGGGAUUAAAGGUGUGCACCACUGCUGCCUGGUUCUUUUACUGGCAAACUAUCAAUUUUUCAAAAUGGCCAUAGCAGUUUGUCGCCUCACUCCUGGAAUUAAAGAACUAAAGAAGAUGUGCAUCUAUUGGGUACUCAGAUGGUGUUUUCUUUCUUUUUUAACUUUGGAGAAAAAUGAUAAUUAUUGUCGUUUUAAUUUCUCAUAUAAUUAAUGAUUCUGAACACAUAUGCAGUGUUUAGCUACCAUGUAAAAUCUUUAUGAAACUGCUAUCAUAACUGAUUGUGUGUGUGUACAAGAUAAAAAAAGAUACUAUAUGUAUUCCAAAUAUCUUCCUUCUGAUUUGUGGCUUACCACUUUAGUUUCCUCAAAGGUGUCUUUUGAUGAGCAUUACAUUUAUUAAUAAAAUAUAAUUUUCAGUCCCCCCA